AAUUUCCUUUUUCCACGAAAUUUCACCUCCAAAGAGGAACGAAAAAAAAAAAAGAAAGAGAACCAGCUCUCUUCUCUCUCUUUCUUCUCACUCUCUCAUCAAACCCCAAAGACCUAGCUAGCAUCCUCUUUCCUUUUGUAAUUUCUUGGGUUUUUUUAAAAAAUUAAUUUACUUCACAAAUCCAAGAUCAGAGCUCAAAAGGAUUCGAGUUUUGACCCCUAAAAAUUAUUAAUUUUUUGGGUUGAAAAUUGAUUAAAACAGGGUGAUUUAGAAAUGGAUGCUGAUUCAUGGAGUGCUCGUCUUUCUUCAGCUUCUAAGAGAUAUCAAUCAGCUCUUCAAUCACGAUCUGAUAUGUUCAUGGGGUUUGAAGAAAUAGAUGGAGAAGGUGAUAUAAGAGAGGAAUUUCCAUGCCCUUUUUGUUCAGAGUAUUUUGAUAUCGUCGGCUUGUGCUGUCAUAUUGAUGAUGAGCAUCCUGUAGAGGCUAAAAAUGGGGUAUGUCCGGUCUGUGCAAUGAGGGUGGGAGUUGAUAUGGUAGCACAUAUAACCUUACAACAUGGAAAUAUAUUCAAGAUGCAGCACAGAAGGAAAUCACGUAAAGGUGGUUCUCAUUCAACACUUUCUCUUCUGAGGAAAGAGCUGCGAGAAGGAAAUCUACAGUCCCUCUUUGGGGGUUCCUCUUGUAUAGUGUCGUCAUCGAAUUCAGCACCUGAUCCGUUGUUGUCAUCAUUUAUUUUGCCCAUGGUUGAUGAUUUUGUUAGUGUUCAGCCUCACUUAUCUAGCGAAACAAGCACAACUAAGAAAAGUUCAGACGCUAAUAAGUCAGAAAGACAUGUCCAGUCAUCUCCCCUUUCUGUAAAGGAUCAGGAAGAGAAGGCGAAAAGAUGUGACUUUGUUCAAGGGCUGCUGUUGUCCACAAUUCUUGACGACGUUUUAUGAGGUGCAUUCUGUCCUUACAAUUGGUUGCUGCAAUUGUGAACCCCAAUCCCUCAUGGACAUUGGGUUCACGGCAAAGAGCCCCUGCAAUCUAUGGUUUGUUAUGCCGUUUGUAGUGAAUACGUUGAUGUAUUAAGCAAAAUGUUGAAUAAGGUGUAGGAAUGAGUGUAAUCUAUGUUUCAUGUGGACUUUUAGUUGCUAGGCCUGAUCAGAUUAUAUUUCAUCUUUUAAUUUCGGGUCAUGAUAAUAUUAAAUAGAAGAAAAAUAAUUUAUUUCCAAGAAUGGUGUUGUUUUCAA